CUCAGAAAAGAAAGACACACAUACCUCAUAAAGAAAGCAGUGGUGCUGUCAGAGAAUGGGCUGAGUGAGUCAGAGAGGCAAACACGUUGCAGGCUUACAUGAGAGAUAAAAGAAUAAAAGAUUAGAGGGGACGCCGCGUGCAAGACGGAAUUUAUACAGUGGUAUAGAGGAGAGGAUCGAGAGCAUCAGUCUGGAAAAGAAGGGAGCCGUGGAGACGGGGAGAAGGACAGACCGAGCGCGUCUGUCUGCUCCGGGACAGCAGACACACUCAGCUCGUGGCUCUUUCAGUCAGCCAGGGAGCAUGGUGGUCCAGGCGGCCGUGACGCCCAGCAGGAGCCGCAGGCUGCUCUUCAAACUGCCUGUGGCGACUCUCCGGAGGAACAGCGAAGAACGGAUGACGGAGGGCCGGAGAUGUCAGGUCCAUCUCCUGGACGACAGGAAACUGGAGCUGCUCGUGCAGCCCAAGCUGAUGGCCAAGGACCUGCUGGAUCUGGUAGCGUCACACUUCAACCUGAAAGAGAAAGAGUAUUUUGGAAUCUCCUACACGGACGACACGGGUCACUUCAGCUGGCUGCAGUUAGACAGACGUGUGCUGGAGCACGAGUUCCCCAAAAAAUCCGGCCCGAUCGUCCUCUACUUCUGUGUGAGGUUUUAUAUCGAGAGUAUCUCUUACCUGAAAGACAACGCCACCAUCGAGCUGUUCUUCCUCAAUGCAAAGUCCUGCAUCUAUAAGGAGCUCAUAGAUGUGGACAGUGAAGUCGUGUUUGAGCUGGCCUCCUACAUAUUGCAGGAGGCCAAAGGGGACUUCACAAGUAAUGAUGCCACACGGGCAGACCUGAAGAAAUUGCCCGCUCUGCCCACGCAGGCCCUCAAAGAGCACCCGUCUCUCGCUUACUGCGAGGACCGGGUGAUCGAGCACUAUAAGAAGCUAAGCGGCCAAUCCAGAGGCCAGGCUAUCGUCAAUUAUAUGAGCAUAGUGGAGUCACUGCCUACAUAUGGAGUGCAUUACUAUGCGGUUAAGGAUAAGCAAGGGAUCCCGUGGUGGUUGGGGUUGAGUUAUAAAGGCAUCUUUCAGUAUGAUUACCAAGACAAAGUGAAACCCAGAAAGGUGUUUCAAUGGAGGCAGCUGGAGAAUCUGUACUUCAGAGAGAAGAAGUUCUCAGUGGAAGUCCACGAUCCUAGAAGCAGGGCGUCGGUAACGCGGAGGACGUUCGGACACAGCGGCAUCGCCGUGCACACCUGGUACGCCUGCCCCGCCCUCAUCAAGUCCAUCUGGGCCAUGGCUAUCAGCCAGCACCAGUUCUACCUGGACCGCAAGCAGAGCAAGUCGAAAAUCCACGCAGCACGCAGUCUGAAUGAAAUAGCCAUCGACCUCACGGAGACGGGCACGCUGAAGACCUCGAAACUCGCCAACAUGGGCAGCAAGGGCAAGAUCAUCAGCGGCAGCAGUGGGAGUCUUCUGUCCUCAGACUCGCAGGAGUCCGACAGCUCUCAGACGGCUAAGAAGGACAUGCUAGCGGCUCUGCGUGCUCGCCAGGAGGCUCUGGAAGAAACGCUCAGGCAGAGGAUAGAGGAGCUGAAGAACAUCUGCAUCAGAGAAGCGGAGCUGACCGGUAAACUCCCCAAAGAGUAUCCUCUCGACCCGGGAGAAGAGCCGCCUACAGUACGGCGCAAAAUCGGCACGGCCUUCAAACUAGACGAGCAGAAGAUCCUCCCUAAAGGAGAGGAGGAAGAGCUGGAGCGCUUGGAGAGGGAGUUCGCGAUCCAGUCUCAGAUCACGGAGGCGGCGCGGCGUUUAGCCAGCGACCCUCACGUGAACAGUAAAAAGCUGAAGAAGCAGAGGAAGACGUCGUACCUGAACGCGCUGAAGAAGCUGCAGGAUAUCGAGAACGGCAUCAACGAACACCGCAUCCGCUCGGGAAAGAAACCCACGCAGCGAGCGUCGCUCAUCAUAGAAGAGGCGAAUAUCGGCUCAGAGGACAGCUCUUUGUCUGACGCUCUGGUGCUAGAUGAUGAUGACCCCCAGGUAGCAGGAACGCCCACCUUUUCUCCGGUCUCCUCCCCUCAUAAAGGCCUUCCUCCUCGACCUCCGUCGCACAGCCGGCCUCCUCCUCCGCAGUCUCUGGAAGGUCUUAGGCACCUGCACUACCAGCGCAGCGACUACGACAAAUCUCCAAUCAAACCCCGCAUGUGGAGUGAGAGCUCCCUCGACGAGCCCUAUGAGAGGGUGAAAAAACGCUCCUCCCACUCCAGCAGUCACAGGCGGUUCCCCAGCACGGGCAGCUGUGAGACAGGAGGCAGUAACUCUUUGCAGAACAGCCCAGUGCGCACUCUGCCUCAUUGGAACAGCCAAUCCAGUAUGCCGUCUACUCCUGACCUGAGGACCAGGAGUUAUGUCCAUUCAGCCAGCCUGUCUCAGCCUUUUCGUGGGCGGAGCUCCAGCCUGGAGUCUCAGGGGAAGUUACUGAGCCUAGAGGCGGGACCAGAGGCGGAGCUUAGCCCAGAUCUUUUCCUGUCAGGGCCGCAGCGAGCAGGAAGCAGCGGCUCGGUAGUGCCAGAUGAUUGCUCAUCAUGUACCAGCCACUCGAGUUCCGAGCACUGCUGCCCGCCAGCAGGCGCCAACCCUAACUACCGCACCCUAGCCGAGGACUCACCUUCUAGAGCACGUCAACGUCAGCGUCAGCGCCAUAAAUCCGCCGGCAACCUGGGCAACUCCAGCUCAGGCAGCAUGCCGAACCUGGCCGCACGGAACGGAGGGACACCAGGAACAGCCCACCAGGGCGUCUACCUGAACAGCCAAAGCCAGCCCUCAUCACAGUACCGCAUUAAGGAGUAUCCACUGUACCCGGCAGGCAGCAGCCCCGGCGCUGUGGUGGUCCGCAGUCUGGAAAGCGACCAGGAAGGCCACUACAGCGUCAAAGCACAGUUUAAGACGUCCAAUUCGUACACAGCCGGCGGCCUCUACAAGGAGGGAUGGGGGUCGGCAGGGGAGGACGGUGAGGGCGGCAGUGCCAGCGGCAGUGCCAGGCUCACACCCUCCAGGUCUCAGAUAGUGAGGACUCCGUCUGUAGGGAGGGAGGGAGGAGGGAACAGAGCGGCCGUGUCCGAGGAGCUACGGUGCUGGUACCAGCGGUCAUCCGGAUCGAUUAAAGAGCACGCACGUCUUACGCACACCAGUUCGGGCACGGGGAGAGUUGGCACACUCGCUAAGGGCUCACCGGCCGCCUCUCCACACAGCCAGAGAAGUGGAACUCCAUGUAGUGAGUUAGCAGCUACGCCACCCUGCAGCCCCCAGCACAUCCUCAACUGGCAGAGCGGAUCUUUCAGCGACAGCUGUUUCCUGAGCAGUCCCCUGUGCUCCGAGCUCGCCGACGUGCAGUGGUAUGGACACGAGAAGGCCAAGCCGGGAACUCUUGUCUAAACCUGUCCCUCCAUCCCUGUCCUGCUUCGUCCCUUUUUUUUUUCCUGGAACAGUGUUCUCUGGACGAAUCUGUCCACAGGCUGGACCUUAACACGUAAAUCAGACAUACCUACGGCUGGAGCCAACACCUCUUCAUCUUCUCUCUCUCUCUCUCUCUCUGAGUGCAUAUCCAACAAUACAGUGGCUCUAGACUUUGGGCUCAUGGAGGUCAGAAGGAAAUGGACUAAACCAAACCUCUGAGUUGACUUUGCUGACCCUCCCCACUGCGUCUUGUAUAAACUCUGAACUGUGACCCAGUUAGCUGCCAGCCAGUUGCUCCGUAUGCACAAAACCUUUCAUCCAAUCCCAUCGCUGGAGUGAUACACCAGAGGUGUGGCCUCUCUGUCUCUCUCUCUCUCUUUUGGAGAUGUGUGCGUUUCAGUGUGUGUGUGUGUCUCUGUGUGUGUCUAUGCGCAUCCUCGUGACCCCCAUGUACUGUAUGCGUACUCGAACACACUCAUCAGCCCGUAGUUUUUGCAUAGAAGAUGAGAAGCACACACGCUCCUGCAGAACAUCGCUGUCGGCCCUUUUCUGUUUCGUAACCUUCACGUGCGCCGUUCUGUUGGAGUAUAAACGCGAUGAAUCACGAGCCCCGGUCCAGCAAAUGAACCAUAGAUCCUGUUUUGUAACAUUCAUUGAAAGCAUGUGCGUGAAUAAGUGAGACCACAAGACCACAAAAAAAACACCCUUUUUUAUAUGAAUCGUUCAAGAAGAACAGCAUUAUUGACAUUUUUAAUUAAAACAACUGACAUUCAGGAAAUUCAGACAUUCGAAAUAUAGAGAUACAAUAAAUAUACACAAACAAAGGACAAUUGUGACAUUAAUACAUUUAUGAUUUUGGAGAUGAGUGUACAAACUACGUACAAAGAUUCAGGUAGUAAAGAAGCUUUUCUGAAUUUCUGAAAUCUCCACCUCUUUCGUAUUUAAGUAGUAUACUAUGAGCAAAAAAAUGAUAUAGAGGUUACAACCGGCCAUUUUAUAUAUAGGACAUGAUUAAAAUUACUGUUCUGCUUACAUGACUAAACACCAGAACCAGGGAUAUUAAUAUGAAACAUUAUUUAAGAACAAGUACCUAUAGUUGAACUUUAAUAGAAGUUAAUAAAGUGGUUUGUGUUUUGUUCCAUCUGAUUUAGACUCCGAUUUUGGAUCCUGUAUGUACUGUACAAGUCAGUUAGAUUAAAUGAAAGUUGGUAGUUUGUCAUAUAGUUUGAUCUCAAUUCAUUAUAUGAUAUGUUGCAGGCAGGUCCAAAGUAAUAACUGCAUGAACAGGAUUAAAAACAAAACUCUAGUCAGUUAAAAUUAAGAAACGUUUUGGGAGGUAAACUUUUCAAGGUUAAAUCAGGCCAUUCGUACGUUGGCUUUAAACCCAAAGAAGCGCUAGACACAUUUAGGGAUUAAGUAACUGGCAUUGUAUUACACCAAUACCAUGAUAUGUGUUCACUGGAGAUGGGGGGAACAUCUAUUCAGAUAUGCAUCGACCAGGCUGAUUUUUUAAAAAUGAUUUUUUUUAUUAAUAGCUGCUUGUAUUUGAGGUGGUAAAAUGUUUCCUCUAUAAUGACAUCGGCAGGUGGAACAUCAUCCUGCGGGGUACAAGCAAAUUGUUUAGAAUUGUAACAAAAUCAAAAAACAAUUUUGAAUUUUUGAUCGAUUCGAAUCAGCACCUAGGUAUCGUGAUAAUAUCGUAUCGCGUGGUCCCUGGUGAUUUUUAUCUAUAGUGUUUUCAUAACAACAUGUAAGAAAUUAGCAUUAAUGCAUUAGUGGUGUGCAAAAUCCUUUCCACUGACCCCAGUUAGUCUGUGGUAGUUCAGUUCUUACUGGUUUUACUGGCAGAACAAUAUAUUAAUCAAAUACUAGCAGACAAAUGGGGUGUGUGUUUGUCCAGGUGUUCGUUGGUUGUCACUGCAGGACCGCAUCUACGGUUGAAAGUCGCAAGUUGACUUUUUUUUUUUUUUGCAAAGGGUGAUGAUUUUGAGGCUUGUGGUCGCCAUUUAUUUGUUUUUUAUUCCCAAUUUCUUUAAAAGCUCUAUCAGCUGUUUCCUAAAAGCCAUGUGGUGCCAUAGUUGAUCUGCUGUUUUAAGGGAAUCGCGUCCCUGAGCGCUAGCUGGAGGUGAGCUGUGUGUUAGCGUGACCUUCUCAGACACUGAACGCUGGAAGUACUGUAUGUGCCACUCAGUCUCUCGGGCAGCUCCACCAGCCUGCUAGCCACCAUGGUGCUCUGAGCCUCUACUGUACCGCCCUGUACUGUACGCCGACGAAUUACAAAUCCUGUAAUCCCCUCGCUCUGAGCUCACAAGUGAUCCUCUACCUAACAUCUUCAACAUAGGGACCUUAUUUUUAAAAAAGAAUUUACUUACUGACGGAGUUUUUCUGUACUGCAUGCAGACUGUUUGUACUCACCUAGGGAUUGGAUGAAACUAUAAGAGCACAACGUAAAGGGGCACACAUCAUACGGAACAGCCACCGACCAACAAACUUCUCUCUUAUUGAUCUUACCUCUGUGCCAUUUCAAGAGACAGCCUAAGCAUUCCAGUAUACGAGCAGAAUACACACACACACACACCUGGACCUCGGUUCUGAAAGCAGACAAAAAAAAACCUCCACACUCACUUAGGCUCUUAGACAGGGAGGAAAAAACACAGGGUGUUUGUGUUUUUUUUCUAGGCAGCAAGAUUUUUAACACGACGGUGCUCUUCUCUUCAAUCUGUCUCACGUAACGGGAAAACACGGCAAGCCAUACAGCAACAAACCACGUCUAUAUACACACGCCGCAUGGUACAACAUCACACACACUCGGAAAUGGACACCCUGCAGCAAAGGACUUCAAGAGAUAUCUGAAAGCACAUUGUUUUUUUAAGUAUAUGUAUUUCCAUUACUACAGUGUAUGUGCAUCGCGUGCCAUCAGACUCUUCAUAACGGAAUCCAAACCUAACAUCCUAAAAUGUGAAAUCAGUCUGUUUGUGUGUUACUUUUGGGGAUUCGAAUUCAAUCUUUUUAUCCUGAACAGUGUAAAGCCGAAUCUCUUCCAGGCCUGGAUGGUGGACUGCAAGUGCAAAAUAUGUUAAUAGAUUAUAUUAAAAAAAUAGAAAUAAAAAGCAAAUCAAAGCACAACAAAAUUAAAACCAGAACCAGCAAAUCAGAAAAAAGCAAAUCUGAAUAAAACUAAACGAAAAUCACAACAAAUCUGAAAUCAACAAAAUUUAAAGCAAUUAAAAACAGAACUAGAAUUGCAACGAGUAAAAAGAUAAAACAAACCUAAAAUUGCAACAAGAAGUUUGAAAUAAGCAAAACAAAAAUUAAAAGAAAAAAAAAGAAAAUUGCCGCAAAUCAAAAACCUAACCUAAAAUCGUAUAGCAAAUAAAAAGAAAAAGCAAAUCAAAGCGCAACAAAAUUAAAACCACAAUCAGAAAAAAACUAAUUUUAAUAAAGCAAAAUGAAAAUCACAAAAAAAUCUGAAAUCAACUAAAUUUCAAUUGCAACAAGUAAAAAGAUUAAACAAACUUAAAAUCGCAACAACAAAUUUAAAAUCUGCAAAACAAAAUGUGCAACAAAUUUGAAAUCAACAAAAUUAAAAUCGCAAAAUCAAAUAAGACAAUUGAAUAUUAUAACAAUUUUUUUAAGUGUACAAACUUAAAAUCACAACAACAAAUUUAAAACCAGCAAAACAAAAAUUGCAACUAAGAAAAGAGAUUGCAGCAAAUCUGAAAUCAACAAACCUAAAAUCAUAUAACUAAUAAAGAAAUAAAAACAUUAAACAAACCUAAAAUCGCAACAACAAAUGUAAAAUCUGCAAAAUAAAACUCUUAGAACAAAUAAGACAAUUGAAUGUUAUAAUAAAUUUAAAAAAUGUACAAAACAAAUUCGCAAAAACAAAUUUGGAAGCACAACAAAACUAAAAAUGCAACAGCAAAUCAGAAAGAAAGAAAAAAAUCACAAGUCAGAAAAAAAUGAAAACAAGAAAAUAUAAAACUUAAACAAAACUGAAAUGAAAGCAGAAAACGCAACAUAAUCAGGAAACACCUCAGAAUAACAGCAACAGUAAAAUUAAAUGAACCUAAAAAAAAACCUGAUGGUGUUUAUUGAUCAUCACAUGCUUGUUUCUGAUUGGACACAAACUGCAACUAUUACAUAGAAAACCUACACGUUAGACCUGAGGAGUUCUGAAAAAGCUUCCUUCCUUCCUUCAGAUGGAUUUUCUGCACUUCCAUAAUUAUAUUCCUGCUGUGCGGCGGCGACGCUGUACAGCACUUUGCAGCUGUUUUCCACUCUGACUGGGCCUUGGAUACGCCGUAGCCAAUCAGCAACGAGCACGUCAUGUUGCCUAAGGAGCUUCUUUCUGUUCUUGAGGAUCAUGUUAAGGUGUUUCCUGAUUCGCUGUUGCUUUUUUUUUCAUAUUCUGUUGGUGUUUUCUGUUUUCUAAUUGGGUUGUUAAUGUGUUUUGCACUUUCAGCUCACCGUAGGCUUGAGUACAAACUCUCUAGUGGUAAAAUAGACCUGUAGAAACAGAGAUAAAGACGUCCUUAAACCUUUCACGUGAAGAUGCCGUCUCAUUCCCGCAGUUUUGUGAUUCGUAUCUCUCCACUGAGAAAUGAGAAAACGUGUAUUCUCUCCUCACACCCUAGUUCCUACCUGUAUUAAAUAACAAGCCUAAACCUUUUAUAACAAAAGAGUAAACUAACACAUUUAUCAACAUAUAUGGAAAAGACUAUGGGAACCUGUUUGGGUUAUUUUACAAGAAGAAAAAGAUGAAAAAAAAUGAAAUGUUCAAAUGUUUUAAUUUUUUUUUUAAUCAAACAGUAUUUGUUUUAUUUCCUUUUUUUUCUCGCUAUGUCAGGACAAAGUAACCCUUUCAGGUGCUACAGGAUGACCAGUUACUGCGUUGUUUCCUAGCUGUAGACUUUUCCUAACUGUUGUCAAUAGUUUUAAUACGAGUUGUGCAAAAUGAAGGAUGUUAGUUACUAAACUGUGUCGCUCACUCCCUCAUUCCUGACAAUAGAGCAUGUUUUCAUCACUUUAUGGGGUUCAAAAUCGGAAAAUAACCGCACACGUUAUAACAAACGGUGUUGUAGGGGGAAAAAAUUAAUUAAAAAAAAAAACAACAGUGUGGAGUCGUUGUGAGAGAAUAACAAUGAGUUCCACAGUUAAUUUAUUCUUUUUCUAUUCAGAAUUUGUAUAGUAACUUUACAUUUUUCAAAAACCGUGUUGUUGGCAACUGAAUCUGAAUUUUCCAGAUGAGAAAUGUGGUGGUUCUUGAGAUUAUGAAAAUAAAUUAUUGCUGAAUGUUC